AUGUCCUUGGAAGCGACGCUGCUGAUCCUGCUGUCAUUCGCGCUCACCUCGAGUGGCUGCAGCUUCGGCAAACGCGGCGGAACGCGCGUUCAUCGAAACGACGACGAAUGUGCAUGUGCCACCACCGUCCGCUACAACCCUCUGACGGACUCGAAUGUCACCGUCGAUCCCCAUUGCGACUGCAGAUCGUCCAGCUUUGGAGUAGUGCGAAUGAUCCCGUACGGCACCUGCGUUGCAGAUGCAUGCGGCGCGUUGCACGUGGAUCUGUCCUCCGCGUGCGUAAGAUGCGGCAUGUGCGUGGCCGUCGCCGAGGAGAUUAAUCACACUCUGUUGGAGAUUCACGAUAUGAUGGCGCCUGAUGACUGGCUAAACAAAACGGAGGUCGUACUUCUUUUAAGGACCAUCUGCGACCAUUCUUUUCGCCACUACGGUUUGCGAGACAUUGAUGGUAAAAGAUUUAUCUCCGACUCGUUACCGGGUGACAAGCUCAUUUCCUCGUCCGCCGAUGGACUGUGGGAGAAAAGUUUGAGAAAUACGUGUCACGACUAUCUCGAUGAGAUACAAGAGCUGCAAUUAUACAGAACCUGGAAGGAGUGGUGCGAGGAUGACGAGCACCUUCCCAAUCUAGAAGACAUCCUCUGCAGAAACGAGAUUAGCAGUUUGCGAGACUGUAGAGGCAUAGACAUUGUGUACAGGCGACAAGUACCUACAAAGACUUUUGGUGCUCGCGUGAAGCUUCUAGCCGAAUAUGUAUAAUAAU